CACUGCUGAGUACAGAACUCCAGCACAGUUCUAGCCCUAAUUUGGAGCCCCAGGAAGAGAUAGGAGCUGUCACCUGUGGCUCGCCUUCUGCUCACAGCUGGAGGAGAAACCGCUGAAACCUGUGCCCAUCUGCUGUCCCUCUGAAGCUCCAGGAUGUUCUUCAUUACCACUGCUGCUGCUUCCACUGAAGGGAGUUGGCCGAUAGGCAACUACAUCCCUGCUAACAGAAUUCUGUAACAGGAGGAGAAUUCUAUACAACUCUGUCAGAGAGAAUGUCGUUGCCUAGCAGCUGGCUUUCUUCAGUGGAGGCAGCAAAAGUGAUGGUGGCAGUGGAGAAGUCGUCACUCCCUUUCAAAACCCCAUAUAUACCUCCUUCCUUCCUAUGCCUUCACUUGAAUACUUAUAUGAGGCUUUACAUAUAUACUAGCUUUUGAAAAUUUAGGCCUAAAUUACUUGGCCAAUGUCACCAAGGAAAUCUUUUCUAGAAUAAAAUCUGUCUCUCCAGUUUCGUAGGUAUGUACUGUGCCUAAUCCACUAUUACAGCAUUUUUUCCCUACCUAAAGUACAUAACAAAGAGAUUUCCUAAUAUAGGAAAACAGCCUUGCCCAUUAUUCGUGAUUAACAUAUACAUCAAGUAUUUUUUUCUGCACAUGUCUAAUGUGAGCAAUUUAAAAGAUUAAUUGCCCCUGAAGUACAAAACAAGCAAAAAAAGUAAUCUGACUCCUCAACUGCAUUUCCAGGCAGCUUGACACUCUCAUUCAGCUGUUGCAUCAACACAGUGUUAUGUAGCUGCUAUAGCACUGUGAUAGAGUACACUCCUGUCUCCAUACCCUACCCUACACGCUAUUGUGAUAAUCUUUGUAUAAAGUAUGCCUUGUGAGGUCUCAUUUGAAAACGUAUAAUUUGCUGAUCAGUAUUGUCUUGGUAACAUAUGUGGCAACAUUGUAUGCGAAGUUAUAAGAUUCCCCUGUAUGGCGUUAACACAUGUUCCAAACCCCACCGCCCUGUCCAAACAGAAGUUGGCAAAUAGGUCUGUCCUAAACAAAGAAAUGUGUCCUCUGCUUAAUUUGCACUUAAUAAGUAAACAAAGUCACCAGGCAGGGAAGGAAACAAAGAAAGCUCAAACAGGUGAGAAAAAGCAAGCAGGGAAUAUCCUUACACAUAGACUCUUUGUCUCCUAGUGCCCAUCAAGAAAUGUUUUUCAAGAGAGGGACUGAAACUAUAAAAAGGAGGGACAAACACCCUGAGGCACCCCUCCCCCCGCCUAUCACAUUCACUGCACCUGAAGCACAAAGGAAUCAUUCGUUGGACUCCAGGAGAGGGAGUCCUCACCUAGAGGGUUUCGUCAAUAUGACUGCUGAAAGCAUGUGACUGCACAACGUCACAAGCUCCCCAGAGGCAACAGCAAGGAAGUAACCAACACCUGGGCGGGGUAUCAAUCAACUCAUCAACAACCACUGUCCAAGAAGGGAGCUACAAUACAAUGACUCACCUGCAUGACACCACAUCAGGGGAACUGCUCAACCUUGCCAGGAGACUCAGCAAUGCCCCCAGAUAUUCCUGGACUUGUGCUCCCCAAGCACACGGGACUGAGGUUAUAAAACAGACACAGUGGCCACAUGCGGGGUCUCUUCUCCUUCACCCACCUACACUGCAAGCAACAAAGACACUGAGAAGACAGAAGACUGGCCCAGAUUUAAGGGACAAAUCUGUAUAUUAAGGACUGCAAUAUCCAGUAGGCGUGUUCAGUGGGAAAUCAAAACUGAACGAAAGGCUGUGCGCAAUGCCGCCCCCUGAGGCUGCAGGGGAGGACAUUUCACAGGCAGAUAAGGGGAGACUCCCGUUGAGAUCGGAGCUCUGUCUAGCUCAGGGAACCGAAGAGAAGCAGAAAGCAGUCCACCGGGCUCUUCGUUCUCCCCGAAGCUGCAAUGAGACACAGAAAAGUUAAAUGACUUGUCCAAGAUUACAGCCAGUCACCGACAACUGUGGUUAGAACUUUUGUUUUUCCUAACUCCUAGACCUGAGUUCAGUUCCUAAAUCCUGCUGCUUCUCUCACUGGACAAUGUCUCUCUAGGUCCUUUUGUAUUACUGUAGUCCUUGUGUUGCAUUGUGCUGUUGAUGGGCCAGGGAAUUGGCUGCCCAGAAAAAAGCAGAAAGUCAGAGCCCGCACUAAAUCAGAGCAUGAAGAAGGUGGAAGAUGGAGAAGAGGGCAGAGAGGAAGCUGUGGAGAGAGGUGACAAGCAGCUAAGAGCUCUCCGUGGUGUGGCAGACUUAAACAAUGGAGCCAUUGGGCUGUACAAUAUGGGACUGAGCUGCUGCCUGAAUUCUCUGCUUCAGGUGUUCCUCAUGAACACACACUUCACCGUGAUACUACGAAGGAUCAGAGUGCCGACAGUACAUAUAGAACAAAAGAAGAGUGUCCCAUACCAAAUGCUCUUGCUGUUGGAACAGAUGCAGCGUAGCAAACGGAGAGCCGUGUAUCCCCAGGAACUUGUCAGCUGUCUCACUUGGCACAAUCUGAAAUUGUUUGUCCAGUAUGAUGCUGCUCAACUCUUCCUGAGCCUCUGGAACCUAAUUAAGAGUCAGAUCACAGACGGGCAGCUGGCUGACAGGUUGACCACGCUGUACACUAUCCGGGUGCAGGAGUAUCUGGUUUGUCAGAAGUGCUCCUUUGAAACAAGGAGGGACAGCAACAUGUUAAGCCUCCCACUCCCAAUGUUUAAUUCCUGUUCUCAGCGACUGAAGACACUGGAGGAUUCCCUGCGUUGCUUUUUCCAGCCUGAGCAGCUGACUGACAACAACAUGUGUCUCUGUGAACAGUGUGAAAGGAAAACACCAUGUCUGCAAGGCAUGAGGCUAACAUGUCUGCCACACACCCUUACCCUUCACCUAAAGCGCUUCUACUACAAGAAAUCUUCCUGGACUCAGAAGAUCAGCUACUCUCUGCCUUUUCCACAAAGCCUUGAUUUCAACCAGAUCCUGACACAAGAGCAAUGUCACCCAGAUGCCAAAGAGAAGGCAGAUUGGCAGUAUGAACUCUUUGGUGUUGUUGCUCAUUCGGGAUUAGCCAGCUUUGGUCACUAUUGUGCCUACAUUCGGAGUCUCACAGAAGGCAAAUGGUACUGCUUCAAUGAUUCCAGUGUCUGUCAGGUAUCGUGGGAUGAUGUCAAAUGUACCUAUGGAAAUUCACAUACCCACUGGAGUGAAACUGCCUAUCUCCUGGUUUACAUGAGAAAGAAUCCCCAGUAGCCUCAUCCAGGCCUGCUUCAGGGACCUGGGGGCUGUACGCAGGCCCCACCCUAUUUAUGGAAUCUGACAACCCUGUUCCAAGAAGAAUAUCUACAAAUUCAUCAGUACAGCAGAGUGGGAGACCUGAACUCAGUUCAGCAGUGACACGUCACUGUGUAUAGUGUGAGUAUGGGGGAAUGGAAAGGUUCUGUGGGGGCCCGUGACCACUCCCUGUGUUGUCUCAGCCUCCACCUCCCGGAACUUGAUAUGUAUCAGACAACAGAGAAGAGCAACCACUUCCUCCUCCUGCUCUCUGUCCUGUGCUGCCCACAGAGCUUGCAGGCAUCCUCCCUGCCUGAACAAUCCUCAUUCAACUUAGUAAGUGUUCAAAUCAAGACCAACAAAAGGAGCGACACAGUUGGGAUGCACAAUCCCCCAUGCGCCAUCAGGGUGGGUGGUGCCAGGGUGGGAUGGUGGUUGGGGCUGGAUCACCUCAGUUAACAAGAAGUUGGAGAAUUAUCCUUCACUUUUUGUUGGGGGGGUGGGGAGUAAAUGACACCCCCAAAUCGCCUUCCCCUUGAUAUGCACAUUGGAGGCUGCUGUUGUUUCAAUGCACCCCCAGUAGCAGCAAGCUGCGGUUGCAGAUGCAUUGAAACAGCAGCAACAGGGUCUGCUCCCACUGUCCCCCCACAGCCUGCUCCCUUCACUCACCCAUGGGGUUCUCGGGCUGGAUGGGGCUCCAGGGUGGGGCUUCCUCUUGAAGAUGCCCCCGUGACUCACCCCUGGGGGUGGUCUACAAAGCAGGCAGCAGGAAGGGAAGGAGAAGCAGCCCCAUGUAGUGGGGCGGGUGUGUGUGGGUGGGAAGGGGAGAGCUCAGCCAGACGCCCUGAUGCAUCCUCCCUUUCCGCACUGCACAGACACACAGCCAGGGGGAGCCGCUGCCUCUCACUACUGGGUGUCCCAGUGAAAGGGGGUCUGAGAAAUCUGGGGGGCUCUGGGCUGCCCUCCCCCAAGCAGUGCCUCUGUUUCCCCCCCAACCCUGCCCAGAUUGCCAUUGUUUUUUUCUGGUGGCUGCUGCACAGAAAUUGUCAUUCUCACUCAUGCCUGCUGCUGCCAAUGACUCUGCUCUGCAGACUGCCUCUCAACCACGCUUCCUACUGCCUUCCAGGCUGUGCAGGAGGGAGUGGGUCUAUGAAGAAAAUGAAAAUCAUCUUAAUCAGCAGAAAAAAAUCUUUAUACUGUGCCACAUAUUCAUGACCUCCUUGUGCCAUUGGUUCAGCUUGCACAUUGGCUCCAACUUCAGUGUCAUGCAGCUGGAGGGAGGACUUGGGAAUUAGGAAGGAAGAGGAUUGGACAUCAAUGACAAGUAAAAAUCAGAAGUACACAUAUUUAUAAAGUCUCAUCAUCAGGUACACUAGGUUUCACAUUUUCUCAGUAGGGAAAGUUAUAAUUUUUUAUUAGGACCACAUUUUACAGUGCCUAUGUGCAGCUAGUCCUGGGAAAGAGACAGUAACAUUGGGCGGUGCUGAAGAGAGUGCUUUCUGUACCUAGACUAGAUCAUCCUGGAAUAUCUGCUCUGGCAUCCACUUCAUAUCUGAUAAGAAGGAGUGUAGUACCAACUUAAUAAUGACAGAAGCUGUAUGUGUUCUGUCUUUAUUGUUAUCAUGAAGAAAUUCCCAAGAUAAUGCCUAUAAGUGAUAGAUUUUUUUUAUGUAGAUUUUAAAUGGGCUUUUGGGAGGGGGAGAGGGAAAAGGGAGGUGAAAGAGCUAGAGUGUAACUGAGAGACUGAUUAUAGUUAAUUAGCAGGUAAUUACACCAUUGUUUGGACAAUCUAUUUUAUUCUGUUCUGCCGCAUUUUAUUUGAAACUUAUAUUAAUAGCUUUAAUUUAUUGCAGAAGUUGUAUUGGUUGGCUCAGUAUAAACUAAAAUAUAUAAAUACAGGGCAACCUAUUUUGGUGCUUAAUAUCUCUCAAACGUUAUACUGAGAAGCAUUUGAUCAUAUAUAUUAAGUAUCCGUUCAGUCAGUUAUCAUGCAAAAGAUCAUAAACUGUGACACAAACAUAUAAUUUUUAUAUUAUUAUGAAUAAAACAUUGUGUGGCAGUGUCCCUUGAAAAUAAGCUCUCUCUUAUUUCUCUGAAACCUAGUUGACAACUUACUGCUUGGAUUCUGUUAAAGUGUAUUCUCUGCUGUGAUGGACUAUGAACCAAAGGCGAAUCAAGCCUAACUUGGACCUGGUUUAGCCAAAUGUUUGCCCUUCUCCCCAACUUCCUUUACACCCUGCCCCCAUCUCUCAUUGACAAUCAUUUCUUCCCUUCUGGCCACCCUCCCCAAGACACACUUCCACCUGAUUCAAGCAGUCUCUUCUCCACUCCCAGAGCAACUGAACUGCCCUCAUUUUCUCCCAUGGCCUGAUAUCUGAGGAUAUAUCUAGAUCAUUUAACAAAACUCUGCUGUUAACUCCCCCCAAUUUACCACCACCAGUUUCAUAUGGAUAUGGAACACAAAGAGCUGUGGUCAAUUCACUGUGGAAUUAGAAUGUUAAGAUACUGGGCCCAAUUCCUUUCACUUACAUGAUUUUCACACCAGCACAACUCCUUUGGCUUCAAUGGAGUUACUCCUUCCUUACACUGGUGUGAGUAAAUGGAGAAUGAGGCCCAGUAUUUUUUUAUGAAACUCACAAAGCUAUGUUAAUGGUGCAAUUGAAACUGGGCAAAAGUUUAGAAAUUCAGUAUUUUCCCCACAGCAGAAAGUUUUUUUUUUACAUUCUCAUGCUGAGCACUUUGAUGUACUAUGGCAGUGGUCUCCAACCUUUUUCGUCUGGUGAGUGACAGACGACGAGCCACGGAGGACCGUGGUGGUGGACAAGCAUUUGCCAAAAUGCCGCCGACAAGCGGCAACGCCUCUGGAUGCUGCUGCUUGCUGACAAGCAGCGUCAUCCAGAGGCAUCGCCGCCAAAAUGCCGCCGAUUUUCGGUGGCAUUUCGGCGGCGAUGCCUAUUGACAUUGCCGCUUGUCGGCAGAAUUUCGGCGGAUGCUCGUCUGCCAGCCAGUACGCAGGCGCACUUAGAUGUCCCGGCGGGCGCCAUGAUGCCCACAGGCACUGUGUUGAGGACCCCUGUGCUAUGGGGCACAUAAUGCAAUGCAAAGGCAGUGCCACUGUCCAUCAAUGUGGAUGCACAGAUGUAGUAUUUUUGGACUGCAAAUAUAUUGUGUGUUGUUAUAUAUUGAAAGGCCGUAUUAUGAUGCAUAGGCUAAGAAGCCUGGAAUUGUUGUGGCAUCUUUGACUAUAAAACAUUUGACUUGUGAUUAAACUCCCAUCCUGAAUGCUGCAUUAACACAUGAACACAUCAGUCUCACAAAACAUAGUUCUACAGAAUUAGGAACAAAAUCAAAGAAACUCCUCUCAUUAAAGACACGAAACGUAAGACCUCAGGGAUUUCAUCUCUCCACAGCAAAACUAAAUUUCAUCUUAACAGGUCAGAGGUCUGUAUGUAGAGAACAGGUGCCUGUCCCUCACUGUACUUCUUAUCUUUUAAAAAGCAACAGAGGGUCCUGUGGCACCUUUAAGACUAACAGAAGUAUUGGGAGCAUAAGC